AUGAACAUUAAAUUCUUUCAUAGUAUGCUGAAAGUUAAAAGGAAUGCUAACAAAAUAUUCACCAUUAGGGAUAAUGCAGGGAUUACCAGAAAUAACAAGAAUGGAAUAGCUGAGGCUUUUGUGGAUUAUUAUACUUCUAUGCUCUGUACUAAGACUAGAGAUAGAAUGAGAGUGUGCAAUGCUACAGUGAAGCAAGGUCCUGUAGUAUCAGCUGAACAAAGAGGGAUGCUGGUUGCAGAAUUUACAAUGGAAGAAAUGAAACAAGCUCUAUGGAAAAUAACAGGGGAUAAAUCACCUGGGCCAAAUGGCUAUGAGCAUGCUGACACAGUCACUGAUUACAGACCCAUUACUUGUUGUAACACCAUCUAUAAGGUGGUGGCAAAGAUGCUAACUAACAGGCUGACACAGGUCCUACCUGACAUUAUAUCUCCAAAUCAGAGGGAAUUUGUGGCUGGCAAACAAUAG